ACUUCCUCUAAAGUGAACCUGAGCAGGAAAGUAAAGAUGAAGAUUCAACAACAUGAAUUAUUUCUCUUGCUUAGCUUGUCUUUGAACUCAAAGACGUCCCGUAACCUGAGCCGGAAGGAAGAGAAGGUGAAGAUAGAAGAACAUGAACGAAUUUUCUUUGUAAGCUUAAGGUAUCAAAGAAGGACUUCUUGGAAACAACUAACAAAAUACCCAACCGUUGAUGAACGAACAGAACUAUCUAGAGAUGUUUUACAGAAAGCAAUAUCCAACAUUGAAAAGCAGUUGCAGAAAAUGAAUGCGAACAGAAAGAUUAGAUAUUUUUCCACAACCCAGAAGACUUUGUUCUUGUGUCACCACCUCUCAUCCUUUGUAUCCAGUUAAUAACUUCAGUGUCUAAUGCUCAACGUAGUUGGUCUUCGAACUCAAACUUCUUGAAAGGUGAACCAGAGUACGAAGCUAGAGAAGAUCAAUCUGAAGGUUCAAGAACAUGAACGAUUUUUCCUUGUAAGGUAUCUGUACUGAAACUCUAAAGGAUUCAUGAUGUCAGUGUAAAAAAUACAAAAAUUGGGAAUUUUGAUUUAUUAAUAAUAUCAACGUGGCUUUUCAAAAUGGAAGGAGUGUGAGAUA